AUGUGGCUGGUGGUGGACCCACCGGAUUCCGGAUCACCGGCAUCGGCCGAACUGAGUCAGGACAUUGGCUACGUGCUGUAUUCGGCCCUGGGGUCAUUCUACAUCCCCAGCUGCAUCAUGGUGUUCGUCUACAUCCGGAUCUACUAUGCGGCCAAGGCGCGAGCUAGGCGGGGGAUCCGCAAGAAGCCACUGAAGCCGCCGAGUGAGCAGGACACCGGCUUCAACCGGCCAAACCCAAUGCCAUCGCUCCCGAGUGCCUCAUCGAUGUCGGCCGUGGCCGUGGUUCCGACGACGCCGAACCUAAACGGGCAACACCAUCCGACGGCGGCAGGUGGAACUAACACCGGAGCCGGACUAGCACCCAGUAGUAGCAGCGGGCAGCUGCUAAAUAAUAAUAACAAUAAUAGUAAUAACAAUAACAAUAGCAUGGGCGGUCCAAGUCAGCAGAUUGCAACGAUCGAGCCGCCACCGAGGGGUGGUCCAAUGACGAUCCCGGUGGUGACGUGCGAUUUCGCCUCGGAUAUGUCCACGAGUGAGGCGGCCGAUCACGACCACGUGGCCGCGAUGCAGGAGAUGAAGGACACGCUGAAGGUUGCUGGGGGUGCUGGGGGAAAUUCGGGGAAGGGUUUGACGAGUUUGCCGUUGCUUCGGGGUAACAAUGGAACGAGUUCGGGAGGUUCGGGUGGUGCGGCUGUGAGUCCGGGGUUAGCUAGGAAUAGGGCACUGUCGGUGGGAAUCGAAACCGAUAUGGUGAGCGAGUUUGAUCCGUCGAGUUCGGAUUCGGGUGUGGUGAGUAGGUGUGCGGUCGUUAAGCCGCUCAAGUUUAGGCUGUGUCAGCCGAUCUUUGGUCGGCGAGCUGGAAGGGGACGCAAUAAGAACAAUAACGCCAAGGCGAAUUGUGCGAUCGGGGAAGGAGGCCCGGGGACGGCACUGUCAAUUUCGGCCAAGCAGAACGAUAGCACUUGCGGCGAAAUGGAGCCGGCACUGCCGAAGCCGAAGCCUCGGGAUCCAGAGAAAGAGAAGCGUCGAAUAGCCCGGAAGAAGGAGAAACGGGCGACGCUGAUCCUCGGGUUGAUCAUGGGUAGUUUCAUAGCCUGUUGGCUGCCAUUCUUCUUCCUGUACAUUUUGGUACCGGUGUGCAAGGACUGCCAUAUACCGGACUUUGCCUUUUCGCUAGCAUUUUGGCUGGGUUACAUGAACUCGGCCCUCAAUCCGGCCAUCUACACCAUCUUCAACAAGGACUUCCGGCGGGCCUUCCGGAGGAUCCUGUUCAAGUGAUGUUUGGCGUACGUGUGCUGCUAUCGUUGCGUGUCCCGGAGCAUCGAAAAGGCUACGGAGCGAGCGGUCAGUGGCGCACAGCUGGGAAGUGGUGGAUAUCGGGGCGGGUACCUUCGAUAACCCCCUUAAGACCAAACCGAAAAAAAAAAAUCCGACACGCAAACAACGUACCAACCAAUAAAAAAAAUCCCACCACCUCGCGUUUCCUUUCACAUCAAAAACACAUGUAAACAAACACCAAAUCGUCGUCGUUUGUAUGUAUGAAUGUCGCUAAGCAGCCAAUCCACACGAAUUACGGGAAUUUAAUCAAACUCGCAACUUUUUUACGAAGCCUGAAUGUUGAUGGAAGAAACAGAAACCCCACCUUAACCCCUACAAGAUCUUUACUCCCGAAGCACGGUACAGGGCAGGACCCGGCACAGAAACAAAAACAAACAAACAAACAAAAACACACACAAAUUAACCUUAACCGGGGACUAUAGAUAAAUCUUACAGUAAUCUUAUAGGAGAUAGGAAAACAGAAACCGAAACGAUAGUCAUAAGCAAUAAACACUGUCUGUAAGUGGUAAGUUUUGUUAAAUCUAUUUAAUAGUUUAAGUUAAAGAACUGUAACAGUUAAGGUAUUUAAGGUCGAACCAAAAACAAUUUAAAAACUAAAAAAAAUCAAACAAAAAAACUUAUAAAAUAUGGAACAAAGUGUAAAAAUUGAAAACACACAAACAUAAGUCUAGAAGGUAAAUACCGGUAUAAACGAUAGUCGAAAGUAAAAAAAAAUACGAGUCAAGCUCGGUGGAGUCGAUCGGACGUUCUGGAAAAACUGUGCCCCUUUUUUCUCCGAUCAUAACCCCGAUCGACUCCGAGCCGAACCCUGUGAAUAGUACUUGUACAUAGCACUGACUGGAAACAAACAAACUCUCACCACCAUAAACUGUAAACUAAGUUCAAUCGAACGACACAUUCGAGAAAUCCAUUCAUCUAACCAUUACACACGUAAGUGUGUAUGUACAGAAAGAGGACUAUCAGAAUUUCUACGGGAUCGAGAAGAGAGAUCGUGUGGCCAAAAGUUUAUUUUUAAACAACCAAGCAAUAAGUCCACGCUCCCGAAACACGCACUACGACUGAAGAGGGGAACUUGCGAAAGAGAAACAAGGGGAAAACUGGGAGCGUGGAUCCUUUUAUAGUUUACACGACACAGUAAAAAAAACUCUAAUGUACUAUAAUUGUUUCAUUAUUGAAGAAAAAAUUAAAAAGUGUUGAAAGAGUUUUACGGAAAUGUUUUACGAAUGGAGAAAGUAUCUAGACAACUGAACAAAACUGAAACUUCAAUCAAAAGAAAAGCUACAAAAAAUAACAUAACAAUACGCAAAACCUUCUGUACAUAACUGUUAUUUUCUAUACCUAGACAUGAAUAGUGAUUCUUAUACAAAAAAUGAAUAAAAGAAAACAAAAAAAUAUUGGAGAUACAAAUGUAACUACACCAAGUUCUUCUACUUUGGUACGUGAGGUAGGGAUUAUGCGUUUAGAUAAGAAGAACGAGAAACCUUUGGAGCACCUUGGUAAUUUUUGUUUUUUUGGUUCUUCAUGUCUUUGAACCUGUAAUUGACAAAUGUUGGUCUUCUAUAAUAGACUGUCCGAGUUUUCAAAUUUGUUGAAUGUUGAAAAAUGCAAACAUUCGGCAAAUACUUAGAAGAACCCGAGAUGACACGAAAAACAAAAAUAAAUUUGAAAUAAAUGAUUAAAAAUUGUGUCCUUCUUGUAAAAUUUUAAACAUAGUGGCGAAACCCUCGGACUCGUCUUCGAACAGCGAGUUCUCGACCAGCUUGCGGGAAGCCACCGUCUUCAACUAUGUCGGUUUUGGUUUAAUUGUCGAACCGCUCUGCUUCCAGAUUUUUGGACUUUCGACAGACAGUUUUAAAGGUUUCCAAACUUCCAGACUUUUAAAUUUUCUUUCAGACUUUUGAGUCUGGACAUAAAAUUUUUACAAAGCAGUAAAAAUUCAAAAUUUUCGUGGUAAAAUGAUAGAAAAUGGUUUGAAUCAGUAAAUAAAAAGUAAGGAAUCCUACGAAGAUGGAUGUAAAGCAGAGAAUUGAGCAUCGAACGUAGUUCUGUCGAUACUUCCAAAAUGGUGUCAGGCAUUGAUAAUGUAUAGAAUGUAUGAUUAGAUUAUCAAGUAUUGCUAUGAUCAUUGAGUAUCCGAGCAGUUACAAACGUGUGUAUUUCAAAAACCA